GUUUACUCAGUUCAUUGUAAACAAGCACACCACAGCUAAUACACACAUAGCUGAUUUACCAAAUUACAAAAAAUAUUUUUACUAUUUAAUUGAAGCAACGCAACACACGAUAAUAAAGAAUUAAGUAUCAAAGAAAGCCGUAAUCAUUUAAUCUGUAAAAAUGUCGUACAUUCCGUCGCUGCCGAGUCGCGAAUUUCUCUGGGAUGUAUUUCAAAGAGUGGAUACGGAUCGUUCUGGAGAAAUAACAGCUAAUGAGUUGCAACGAGCACUUUCAAAUGGCACAUGGGAACCUUUCAAUAUGGAAACUGUACAGUUGAUGAUUGGCAUGUUUGACACUGAAAAAAAGGGUUCGAUAAGUUUUGAAAAAUUUGGUGCUCUUUGGAAAUAUGUAACAGAGUGGCAGCAAUGCUUUAGGUCUUUUGAUCGUGACAACAGCGGUAGCAUCGACCAGAACGAACUUAAAAGUGCAUUAAUUAGUUUUGGGUAUCGUCUGUCGGACCCAAUGAUAAACACUUUGAUGCGCAAAUUUGAUAGAAUGGGCAGGGGAAAUAUUUUUUUCGACGACUUUAUUCGCUGCUGCGUUGUUUUACAUACCCUGACGACAGCAUAUCGAAUCGUCGACGGCGUCAUCAAAAAUAUCAAUUAUGAACAUUUUUUGGGAAUGGUACUCAGUUUGAAAGUUUGAGAAAAAUUGAUUUCUACAUGAUUUGUUGUGUGAUGUUUUCUACGUUGUGUAUUAUUUACUAAAAGUUAUCUAAUUGUUCGUUAAAGCCAAUAAUUAAGGUUUGCCAAAAAUGUUGCCAAAUUCUAGAAGCAUUGAUAUUUGUGUACAUGUUUUUUUGUCUUGAAACGUACAGUUUCAACUUUAGUUCUCUGUAUUACCAUUAUAGAUUAUUAAUGAAUGGUUUAUUCAAACACAAAUACUGUACCAGUGCUGUUUAUCAAGAUACUUAACCAACUUGCAGAAAGGUUAAUAAUUUAAUGAAAACGACAAGCUUAUUUAUAUUAAAAAUUUUUUAUUUCGA